ACGUAACACGUUACAUGUUUCAUUGACUCUCUCUCUCUAGCAUACUGUUGUGGUGUCCGAUGUGAACCUCUUUGCUUUGUUGUCUUUUCAGCUCACCAUUGUUGGUUCUUUAAUGGAUUUUGUCUCUUUGAGCUUAUAACAAAGAAAAAGUGGAUUCAUCUUUGAGGUGAGUGUUGUAGUUGAUGAACUAUUUGACGGCGUGUUUUCGGUCACGUUUGGAUCGAUAUACACACAGUGGUUCAGAUUCUGGUGGUAAGCAGGAUGGGCUCUUGUGGUAUAAAGACUCGGGGAAGCACUUGAAUGGUGAGUUUUCAAUGGCUGUGGUCCAAGCCAACAACUUAUUGGAGGACCAAAGUUAUAUUGAAUCAGGUAGUUUGAGUUCCGGUGAUUCUGGACCGUACGGUACAUUUGUUGGUGUUUAUGAUGGGCAUGGAGGGCCUGAGACAUCAAGGUUUAUCAAUGAACACCUUGUUCACCAUCUAAAGAGGUUUGCUGCAGAGCAACAAUCAAUGUCAGUGGAUGUAAUUCGCAAGGCAAUCCAAGCAACAGAAGAUGGAUUUAUGUCUCUUGUUACCAAACAGUGGUCAAUGAAACCACAAAUCGCAUCUGUUGGGUCGUGCUGUCUUGUUGGUGUAAUUUGUAAUGGAACCCUUUACAUAGCAAAUCUUGGUGAUUCCCGGGCCGUUUUAGGAAGAGCAGUCAAAGCGACUGGGGAGGUUUUAGCCGUGCAAUUGUCAACAGAGCACAAUGCAGCAAUAGAGUCUAUAAGACAUGAGCUGCGAUCUUCACACCCUAACGAUUCAAACAUUGUUGUUUUGAAGAAUAAUGUAUGGCGUGUUAAGGGCCUAAUACAAAUAUCUAGAUCUAUUGGGGAUGUAUAUCUGAAAAAAACCGAGUUCAAUAGAGAACCACUAUAUGCAAAAUUUCGACUUCGUGAGCCGUUCAAGAUGCCAAUAUUGAGUUCAGAACCAUCAAUAUCAACUUACCAGUUGCAGCCACACGAUCAGUUUAUUAUAUUUGCAUCGGACGGCCUCUGGGAGCACCUUAGCAAUCAAGAAGCAGUAGAUAUAGUUCAAAAUAAUCCCCGCUCUGGAAUUGCAAGGCGGCUUGUGAAAUCUGCACUUCAAGAAGCGGCAAAGAAGAGAGAAAUGAGAUAUUCAGACCUAAAAAAUAUUGACAGAGGGGUUCGUCGGCAUUUCCACGAUGAUAUCACAGUGAUUGUAGUGUUUAUCGACUCAAAUCUCGUGAGUAGGGCAAGCAAUGUUAAGUUCAGUAGUAUUUCUGUUCGAGGGGGCGGUGUCAACCUCCGUCCUAACACAUUAGCACCUUGUACAACACCAACAUAAGCUGGUGCUACCUGAUAUAUAAGUUUGUAUCUUUCUCGUGUGAAUAGUGAAUACAUACAAGUUAUGUUUAUGUUGACAUAGCAACAAACAACCGGCACUUCGAUUCUUUAAAUCAGAACUGUAAGUUUAUAGAAUACUAAUACUCAUGUUUAGAUUUUUUUCCAUCACAAAUUUUAACAACAGGAGAUAUUCUGAUGACCAUUAUGAAAGUUGUAUUUUGUUCAUUUUUUCCAUUUGUUUUGGUGACUUUGUCCAAGAAGUUGCACGAUUUGAGUUUAAAUGUAAGGCACAAUGUGUGUUUGAUUUUCAUGUAACUUGCUGAUGAGGUUCUUCUCAGCUGUAUAUAGAAUACAUGUAGUUCUUUGUGGUA